GGGUCAUUUUAUAUGUGUCAUUUAAAGAAAACGUGGCUUAUGUUUUGACAAACAACUACCAAGACGUUGUCUUAUUUUCGUUGAAAUGUGUGACAUAAUUAAUCUCGGUCGUCUCCCAAGUUCUUUUUUAUAUUUAAAAUGUUUUAGGUCAUAAAACAGAACAAUCAUUUAGUUCGUGUGUAAACGUGUAAUAAAGGAAAUAGGAAAAACAAACUUGAUACUCCAAUAUCAAUCCGUUAACGUAUGUCUGAGUGGAAAGUAGACGUGAGAACAUUACCUUUGGAAAACUAAAAAUAUGAAGGUGUACACAAUUUCGGAAGAAAGUGACAUGCACAUUGACGAUAAAAGUGUGACAGGAAAACAUCUUGAUUUCGGUGGUCAUAUCAAAAUGAAACAUUCCAAAACAGAAAAUGAUGAAACAAAAACGGUGUUGCAGAGCAAUAAGGAUGUUAUGAAGCAAUAUUCCGGUUUCUUUCAAAGAAAUAUGCCGACAAUAGUAACAGCAAGAAACUAUGGUUUACUGAUACUAUAUCUGGCUUUCUAUAGCUAUGCUAUGUAUUGUAAUUUCGGGGAUGAGGGAUCUAUUCGCCUCACGGUGUUCACGGGAUUUGGAGUUCUGUAUUUGGGUUGGAACAAUCUGUUGUCACAAGAUGGUAUAAGAAAAUCAUGGAAAUCCGCUACCAGUUUCAUCUACAUGUCGUAUAAAUAUGGUUCCAGGCCAAAGGUUAUAAGAUGGUGUUUGUAUCUAGUAUGGGCCGCUAUAAUGGUCUACUAUCUCAUCUCCAAUGUCGCCUUAAAGGAUCCAGGAAAGUUGAGAUCUCUUGGUGGUUAUAUUGCAUUUAUUCUUAUACUUGUCAUCAUCUCAAAUAACAGAAGGAAGAUCAACUGGCAUUGUGUGGUUUGGGGAUCAGCCAUGCAGUGUUUGUUAGGCUACUUUAUCAUAAAAACAACAGCAGGUGCUACCGUUAUUUUAUGGCUGUCUGAUCGCCUUAUGGAAUUCAUGGAUUAUUCCCGAGUUGGAGCCAAGUUCGUAUUUGGUGACUCUUAUAUGGAUCAUCGCUUUGCAAUGCAGGCAAUGCCAUCGGUUAUAGUGUUUUUUGCCGCCAUUCAAGUUCUGAUUUAUCUCGGGACUAUUCAGUUUAUAGUCAGAACUUUAGGAAAGUUCCUUGCAAUCAUUCUCGAUGUUUCUGCACCGGAAGCGACCAAUGCUUGCGCCAACAUCUUCUUAGGUGGAAUUGAAUCUGCAAUAUUGGUGAUAGAAUAUAUUGACAGUAUGCCUACAUCUCGACUGUUUACGCUAAUGACAAACUGGUUUGCAUCAUGUGGUGGUUCAGCUUUGAUACAGUUCAUUUCGUUCGGUGUUCCAGCAUCAUAUCUUUUGGCUGCAUCCGCCAUGUCCGCUCCGGCAGCGCUUGUUUGUGCAAAAAUUACCUUUCCGAUGUUGAGCAGACUGAUUUCAAAACUAAUAUCGAAGAUAUUGAUUUGGAAGUCAUAACUAAAGGAAGCAAAAACAGUUCAGAGCAAAGUGGUCACACUAACUCUGACAUUUUUAAAGAAGCUAGUGUUUCAACCGAAGACGUAGAAGAAACAGACAAAAAUAAAAAGGAAACUUUCGAAGAUAAGAUACAAAAUAAGA